UUGAGCCUCGGGUCCUGGUGGGCCCCCACAGAGCCUAAUCCAAAAGGAACCAAACAUUGCAGGUCUAAAACCAUCAACAGGCUCUCACCUCACCUGUGAAUUCCAGGCAAAGAAAACACUUGAGUUUAUUUCCCGCCACCAAAAGCCAUGAAAUCCUUGUAUGGAGCUCGAAUAAUUACAGCAAUUCCAAAGCUCAAUUCUGCCUCUACCAAUAAAAUUCCAGCAAAAACCAAUCUUGCUGUGCCUGCACUCAAUUUCUUGGUUCCAUCGCAGCCAAUUCUCACAAAGACUCUUGUUUUCAAGUCACAAACAGCUCCAAGAUCUCAGUCUGCCUCAAACCCAGAAACCCAUGAGCAAGAAAUGGGUGAAGAAGAAGACCCAGAUGACCAAGUUCAAGACUUGACCGUCCCAGAACAUUACUUGGUCCCUUCCAAGGCCUUGGAGGAAUCAGAGUGGUUGAGGGUGACUUUGCAUAAGUGGUUGGAUGAUGAGUACUGCCCAGAACCAACCAACGUGGAAAUCAGCAAGAUUGCUGCUCAAUCAUACUACAAGGCUUUGCUAGAGAAACAGACUGAUCUGGGUGAGAUUUUGUUGAAGAUGGCAAUGGACUUGGAAUCCAUUUCUUAUCAGGAAAGUUUUCAUGGGGCAUUCUCAUCAGCCAAUGCAGCUGUGAAUAUGAUUGCCCAGAGGAUAGAGCAGGCAUAGUUGUCAAAACCCAUUGAAGGUUUUUGCUUUUCGUUCACUCAAUUUAUCUUCUCUGGCAUUUUUGUAUGUACCAGUAAGCUUUGAUAAUUCAAUGUUGCUUGAGGGUUUAGCUUGUUUCUUUA